UCCUUUCUCUCUCCCCCCUCUUCUUUUCUCUAGUGACGAGGAGGAGCUGUUUAUUCAUUCACGUCACCUCUAUCUCAUUCCCUUCUUCCUGCAAAAAGGGAGCGCGCGCGCGAGAGAAGAGAGAGAGAGAAAGAAAGAAAGGGAGGGGGGCAGUCCGUCAGCCGGGAGGAGCCGGGCCGAGUGAGGCGGAGACCGGGGACUACGCACACUGAGAGCCGGGGGCGCCGCGGCCAAGCCACCAGCAUCACAGCCACCUCGAGAGAGGACGCAGCUGAUUGACUAGAUGUUCUCACACAAACAUGGAGCAUUACAUGGAUACCGGUGUUCAGACGGACCCUGUGGUGGUGCUUUCUUUAGCACAAGCUGCUGUUCUAGGUCUCAUUUCUCAAAACCAGGUGUUCGGGGCUACCAUUGCACCCAAUGGCUUCUACACGGGGGAGGCCAAGGUAUCUCUCUUUCCUCAGACAGAUGAAAUGGAUUAUUCUUACAGUGAUCAGCUCAUUGGUGCAAAUGGUGAUUACCUGCCUGAUCCUCAGGAUGAGGAAGACCAAGCCAGCAAUGCCCUCCCUGACAAGUCAGAAGAUACAAAACUAAGGCAUUCCUCACGGACUGGUCCCAAAGGAAAAGGUAGACGAAAGAAGAUGGAAUCUGAGUGUGAAGACCUAGACAGCAUGGCAAUGCUGCAGACAAAGCAGGAGACUUUCAAAGAUGUUGACUGUAUGCAGGAUAUAGCCAUCUCUAGUGGUGGGAACAGAGUAAAGAUGAUCGAUCUGGGCAGGUUACAACAUAAAUCGCACCAAAGACUUUCAAAUUCUAAUCUCAAAAUUGAACAUGUGGAGCACAACAACUCUAGCUGCACAGAGAAUGAGAUCCAUAAAAGUGAACCUCAGGGGGUUGAGGAUGAUGAGGAUGAAGAGGAUGAGGAUGAAGGCCUCUCCAAACCAAGUGAUGAAGGGGAGGGCAGCCCCAUCAUGAGCCAGUAUUUUGAGCCUAGUGAAGUUGAUUAUGAGUCUGGAGAGGCAGUUGGUCAUGGGAUAGGGGAGUUUGAUGAGAACAGCCAGAACAUCAGCUGGCAGGAGCAGACGGAUAAUGAUGGAAGCCUACAGCAAGGGCGACGAGCACAAAUUGACCGGCUGGACAUUAAUGUACAGAUUGACGAGUCAUACUGUGUGGACAUGGGGGAGGGCCUAAAACGCUGGAAGUGUCGCAUGUGUGAAAAGUCCUACACUUCCAAGUACAACUUGGUAACACACAUCCUGGGACACAGUGGCAUUAAGCCCCAUGAGUGCCCACGGUGUGGUAAGCUCUUUAAACAGCCUAGCCAUCUGCAAACACAUCUGUUAACUCACCAGGGCACUCGCCCGCACAAAUGUGAUGUUUGCAACAAGGCCUUCACACAGACCAGCCACCUCAAAAGACACAUGCUGCAGCACACUGACAUCAAGCCCUACAGCUGUCGCUUUUGUGGCAGAGGCUUUGCCUACCCUAGUGAACUGAAAGCCCACGAGACAAAGCAUGAGAAUGGGCGCUGCCAUGUAUGUGUGGAAUGUGGCCUUGACUUCCCUGCGCUCAGCCAGCUCAAACGGCACUUGACAUCACACCAGGGUCCAACUACUUACCAGUGUCACGAGUGCAAUAAGACCUUUCAUUACCGUAGCCAGCUGCAGACACACCUCAUGAAGCACCAGAACAUACGCCCCUUUGUUUGUUCAGAGUGUGGGAUGGAGUUUGCACAGAUACACCACCUGAAGCAGCACUCACUCACCCACAAGGGAGUGAAGGAGUUCAAAUGUGACGUGUGCUCAAGGGAGUUCACACUGUCUGCGAACCUGAAGAGACACAUGCUGAUCCAUGCCAGUGUGCGUCCCUACCAGUGUCAUGUCUGCUUUAAGACCUUUGUUCAGAAGCAAACACUCAAGACUCAUAUGAUUGUACACCUGCCUGUGAAGCCAUUCAAGUGCAAGGUCUGUGGGAAAUCCUUCAACCGAAUGUAUAACCUCCUUGGCCACAUGCAUCUCCAUGCUGGGAGCAAACCAUUCAAGUGCCCAUACUGUUCCAGCAAAUUCAACUUAAAAGGGAAUCUCAGUCGACAUAUGAAGGUCAAGCAUGGAAUCGUGGACCUCUCCCUGGAUGGGCAAGAUAAUCUUAUGGACACGAGCAGCUCUGAGCACCAAGAAAUGGAAGGUCAGGAAGACUUCGAGGAGGACAGCUCCUAUGACUACACUGAAAGCGAGACACCAGAGGACAACCGUGCAGCAGACAUUUCCAAACUCUCUGAUGAAGCCCUAAAAGAAAUUGGAUAUUAUGGUUUUGGCAAGAAUGCUGACCAGUAUCCCAUUGUAUGAUAAUGGCUGUGGUUUGUCAUGAUGCAAAUGAAGGCCAUUGUCAACGGCGCAACUGAAGAUUUUGAGUUGCAGAGAUCUAGGAGAGCAUAUCGAAUGACUGGGCACUACAGAGAAUACUUGGCGUGAGUUAAGGAAAGGAGGCUGCUUGUUUUUCAUGUUGGGUAAGAGGGGAUGGCAGGUGCACACCUGCCCCUGACUCAUACGACUCCUCUUGCUGUUGAAAACUAACCUGAAUUCUCUACUUACUGUGGUAUAUAUAGUUUUUUUUUUUUUAAGACUUACGAACAGGUUGCUCAUACAGUCAUUUUGUUAGUACUGGGUAAGGCCAGACAGCCUAGAAAUUAGCUUUAUUGAAUGAUUGCAAGGCACUGCACAUGGAUGUGAAAUUACUUUUAUUAUAUUAUUUUUUUUUUAAUUUCUUCAAAACUUAAAAGAGAAGAGCAGAGCUAGAUGCAGAUGGCCUAGCUACUGACUGCUGUAAACUAAGAGAGGUUGGAUUCAUCGUCUGUCAAUAUUUUUUGUUUGGUGGGGGGGUCUCAGGUCUUGUACACUGCAGAUAGUGAGUGGACUGUGAGCAUUAAUAUGGGGCCAAGCCACAGGCCACAAGGUUGGAGGUUAAGCCGCCUGAGAGACUCGGACAUCAAAUGGUGAUUAUUUAUUCUUUUUUUAUUCACAAUGCCGCUUAAUUGAAACUAGCGAUGAAUGUGAAUGAUUAUCUGUGUAUUUUUUUAUUUUUUUGUCAUUUUAAAGGCAUCUCCAGCCUUGCUUUUUUGUCUUCUGCUUGUGUUCCAGCCAUGUUGUCUCAAACUGCGUAUGAUAUUACAAAGCCUUCCAUUUUGACAACAUUGACAUUUGGUUUCAGAUCUAAGUGCCCAACUGGUGCCAACAGUAGUCGUGAU